CGGGCCCGGCCAAGUCCCCGCCGUCCGCUCCCGGCGCCCGCAGCCCGAGCCGCACCCGCCGCGGACGGAGCUCAUGCGCGGGCCCAGCCGGCGCCCGUCCGCGCCCCCGCCCUGCCCCGGCCCCGGCCCCGGGGGCAGUCGCGCCAGCAAUCGGUGGGGCAGGAGCUCCUGGAUUGGCAGCCCCUGUAGAAGCGAUGACAGAAUACAAGCUUGUGGUGGUGGGCGCUGGAGGCGUGGGAAAAAGUGCCCUGACCAUCCAGCUGAUCCAGAACCACUUUGUGGACGAGUAUGAUCCCACUAUAGAGGACUCCUACCGGAAACAGGUGGUCAUUGAUGGGGAGACGUGUCUACUGGACAUCUUAGACACAGCAGGUCAAGAAGAGUAUAGUGCCAUGCGGGACCAGUACAUGCGCACAGGGGAAGGCUUCCUCUGUGUAUUUGCCAUCAACAACACCAAGUCCUUUGAAGACAUCCAUCAGUACAGGGAGCAGAUCAAGCGGGUGAAAGAUUCAGAUGAUGUGCCAAUGGUGCUGGUGGGCAACAAGUGUGACCUGGCCGCUCGCACUGUUGAGUCUCGGCAGGCCCAGGACCUUGCUCGAAGCUACGGCAUCCCCUACAUUGAAACAUCAGCCAAGACCCGGCAGGGUGUGGAGGACGCCUUCUACACGCUAGUACGUGAGAUUCGGCAGCAUAAACUGCGGAAACUGAACCCACCUGAUGAGAGUGGUCCUGGCUGCAUGAGCUGCAAGUGUGUGCUGUCCUGACACCAGGUGAGGCAGGGACCAGCGAGACAUCUGGGGCAGUGACCUCAGCUAGCCAGAUGAACUUCGUAUCCACUUUGAUGUCCCUGCUCCCCCAAUUCUGCCAAUCCCCCUGCCUGCAGUCAGUCAUGUCCUUUGUGCCCGCCCCGGCACAGGCUCAGGACGUGGAGGUGCCGGAUGCAGGGAGGAGGUGCUGACGGAAGGAAGGAAAGAGGAGGGAAGGAAGGAAACGAUGCUGGAGCCAGGCCAGGCCAGGGAUGGUGGACAGAUGUGACCAAGACCUUCGCAUGGACAAUUUGAACAGACUGUCAUGAACUGUCCCUGUUGUCACUGGCACCCAAGUCCUCCACCCCUCUCAGUUCCCUCCAGGCGCCUAUGAGGGCACAUAUUGAAUCACAGUAAAUUAUUUGACGGUCUU